AUGAGUUAAGUAGACGUAGAUAUGGUACUUAUAGAUACCGUCUAAAAAGACCUUCAAAGACACUAAGAAGUUGCAAACGAACUUUCUAGUCUUAUUGACGCCGAUAACCAGCAAUACUUUGUUUAGCCUUACAUGGUUAAUGCUGAGAAACUGAGAAAUGUUUUAGUAACUAGAGGAUAUGGAUUAAUCGGCAAAAAUGGAUUAAUGAAUAAAUUUCUCAACUCAGUAAUUUCAAAGGCUGCUCAAAACAUGGAAGAGCAUGAGUUCUGCCAAAAUCAUAAGAAUGAGCAUUUGGUGGCCUUUGACUUUGAGAGUAGACACUUCGGCUGUGAGAGAUGUGUUUUCGAAGGUACUUACAAGGACCCUAAAUUCGUAUCUUGGUCUGCAAGAGAAAUCAAAGAUGAAUUUGACAUUGAAUACUAUCAGCUAAACUAGCAUCUAAAGAGUGUUGAAGAACUUUCCCCUCAAAUGAUUAUUUCAAACAUAAGAAACCAGAUUUCCUAAUUCUUCUUUAUGCUUAGAAAGAAGCUUGAUGAGAUUGAGAGUGAAAUCUUCAAAAAGGUUAAGGACUCUGAUGCUCUCAGAAAUUUGGCCUAAUUUAUAUAAGAGCUUAAUGAAGAGUGCGAUGACUCUCUCAGAGAGCUUAUUGAAGAAGAAAAGAAGGGCCUUGAUGAGAAAGUCAACUCUUCAAAGUUUUCCUUUAUUGUCAUGAAAUCUCACUUUUAUAAGGCUCUGAUCGAAGCAAUGAGAAAUUUCAAUUCUCAACUUAGGGGUGAUAUAAACAAAAGCAGCACCUCAUUCUAAGAUUUGAUUUCUUUCGUACCAGAUGAUGAUGCAAUUUCAUAGCUGCUAGUAUAAAUUUUCAAUAAAUGCUUAAGAGUUGACAAUCAACCAGUCCAACUGGAUCUAAAGUUAAAGACAGAUCUAUCUCAAGUUAAAAAGACUAUCUUUGAAUAAAAAUCUGGAUUCACAGUAAGAGAAAAUGUAGUAUUACAGGUAGAUCUAAUCAACAGACAAGUUUAAGAAAUAUAAAAGUUGAAAGAUCUUUAUAUCCCAAAGCUCAUGUCUAUUGAUGAGUCUAAUGUGUUGGUGAUCGGUGGGCAAUCUCAAAUGGAAUAUGCAAGACACACAAUCAUCAAGAAAACUUGCUAUCUUUUGAGUAACUCAAAUGGUGGUCCGUGGAAGACCUCUUCUUAAGCUGUAAUGAGGAAAUAAAGAGUUAGUUUCUCUUCUGUUUUCUUGGGCAAAGGUAAAGAUUAUGUCUUUGCUACUGGAGGAUUCGGAGCUGGUAGAAGGAUAAUAUCUGAUUGUGAAAUCUUCAAUGUUAAUGAUAAUUAUUGGACACUUUUCCCUCAUUUGAAUGUUCCUAGGGCUUCUCAUUCUACCUUACUUAGUGAAAAUCUUAAAUGGGUUUAUGCAUUUGGUGGAAUUAAUGAAGAAGGCUAACCAAUUGAUACUAUUGAAAGAGUUAGGAUGAACAAUGUAAUUGAUCCUAUUAAGGAUCUCAAUACUCAAUGGCAAGUUAUAAAUCUUUAACUUCCCUAGCCUCUGAUGAAUAUAGGAUGUGCUAUCAUUCAUAACAACUAAGAGAUUGUUAUAUUUGGAGGUGUUGAUGAGUACGGAGAUGCUCAGAAAGCAGGAGCUAUACUCAAGAUAGAUAACGAAGAAAGAGGUUUACAUAGCUAUAGUAAAAAUUCUAGAAUCGAACUAGAGGAUGCGGAUGCUUUCCCUAAUACUGGCUGCUUUUACAGAUAAGGAGAUGAUGUCUUCUAUCUUGGAAAUAAUUUCGUUUGGACUCUUAACGAAAGAGAUAAGAAAAUUAUCAAGCAUCAUCCCAUAGCAGUUGUUUGA